UCUCAUACAUGAAUUGUUGAUAGUGCGGAGUAGUUCAGUAGUUUUUCCACAUACCGACAUUCAAACAGUUGUCUUCAUUUAUGUCAGCAACAAGUUACUUCACUUCAGUGUCUAGUCAGCCGACGUUUGGCUUGGAUAGGUGCUUUAGGCUGAGUGAUAACGGAUCUGUUCGUUCGUCCGUACGAGGAGAACAACAACCAUACCACGAAGUGUUCAGAAAUGCUAUUCGGAUAAUAAAUUUUCUUCAGGAAGUUUGGAAGACCGUACUCAGUUUGCGGUCGUCGGGAGCCUUUCAAAUGCCUGAAUCUGGGGACGUAGACAUAUUAACACCGGGUUUGACGAGGACCGUCGGCGUCCUCGCUAGAAGAAGGGUCGGAUUGUCACUAGAUUUCUCGUCGGACAUAUCGUCUGAAGAUAUAGUCACCAAGAGGUGCAAGAUGGAGACUGUGACAAUGAAUGUACAAAUCAACAAUGGUCAUUUCCCUCACAAUGGGAGUCCAACAAUGUGCCAUAAAACAAUUACGCCAUCGGAUUUAGCUUCGAGGAUUAACAAACCCAAACCUGCGUUAAUUCUUGAUUGCCGACCGUUCUUCGCAUACAAUGCAAACCAUAUCCAGGGAGCUGUAAAUAUAAAUUGUUCCGACAGGUUCAACCGUCGGAGACUUCUUCAGGGAAAAUGUAGUGUAGUGGACAUGGUGAAUUCUAAGGAAGGAAAGGACCUUUAUAAGAAAAAGAGUAACAAGGAGAUUAUUGUGUAUGAUGAUAGAACUAAAGAUUUAAAAGACAUUGCUACGGACUCAUCAAUGUAUGUGAUCUUAUCAGUGCUUCGUCGGGAGGGUAAACAGGCCUGUAUUCUCAAAGGAGGCCUGGACGAGUUUGAGCGCGAGUACGGGGACCUUUGUAAGAGCUCGCUCAAGUGUCACGAACACAAGCCCCUUUACAGCCCGACCACGCCCAUCAUAGAGCCCGCCAUCGAGACCGCCACAGCCUCCCAGAUACUCCCCUUCCUCUACCUAGGUAACGAGCGAGACGCCGCCAACAUUCAACGUCUGAACGACCUCGGUAUCACGUACGUUCUUAACGUGACGUCACAUCUGCCGCAGCAUUUUGAGAAGCAUGGAAUAAAGUAUAAGCGAAUUCCGGCGUCUGAUAGCGGGCAACAAAACUUACGACAGUAUUUCGAAGAAGCGGGUUCAUUUAUAGACGAGGCACGUGAGGCGGGGGCCAAGCUGCUCGUGCAUUGCCAGGCGGGCGUGUCGCGGUCGGCGACUAUCACCAUAUCCUUCCUACUUCAGCACUCCCGGAUGACCAUGACGGACGCUUACAGAUACGUCAAAUCCAAGCGUCUGAUCAUCUCGCCAAAUUUCAACUUUAUGGGCCAAUUGCUCGAUUUCGAGCAGGCGCUAAACCAGGGGCGCGUGCCGCGACUUAUGACGUCAUCGGUUGUUGAGCACGUGGAAAACAUGGACGUGUGCUCGUGAGUUUGCGAGAAAAUAUAAGGAGUGACUGAAAUUGGUGCUUAUAGGAUAUUCUGGUCAAUGUUUUUGUCAGAAAUUUGCGCCAAAAGUUCAUAUCAGGGACGAACAAUUUUGAGCGAUAUUGAGAAAUGACUAAACGUCUCUCAGAAGCUCUAUUUUUCUUGAGAAACCGCGCGCGUGACAAUACGGUGUCACCGAGAUUUUAGAAUGCUCAAGUUUAAUAAACGGAAACAAAUGAUCCUUUAUGGAACUGUCAAAUUAUCAGGGAACCAACGGCGCUCCGAUGCUGAUUCAUAUUUGGUCAUUAAUGGAAUUACGAACUGAUAACAGCAGACGACAUUUUUGGUGAAAUGUGAAAACGAGGCUGGAGAUUAAAUAAUGACAUGAAUGAAUGAAAAGGGAUCCCGGUUCGUGAGAAAUUCCGGGGAAUCGGGGUCUAGGAGGGAGGGUUUUUUAUCAAUUCUCGACGGGACCGAGAUGAAUGUGCCAUUAAAAUUUGCUGACUCAGUGUUUUUUGUUCUAGAGGCAGAAAUUGAUGCCUUCAAGAGAUGGAGAAAAAUCACUGAAUCCUAAUUUUCAAUAGAAUGGAAAUUAUAGCUGAAAUCCAACUGACGUUUUAUAAUAACAGCCGUCUGUUAAAAGAGAAAAUGAACAUUCCGACAGCUGAGUCAGAGAAUUAGACCUCGAAUCACUGACAUCGUGGCUAAAAGACUUAGAGUGAUUGUAGGAGAAACGACGUCUUUCAGACAAUUGUUUCGUGGAUCGUGCAAUUAUUAUUAUUUUUCAUAUUCAUAUUAAUCUUCUGAACAGUGUACAUGUAUAUCAGAAAUGGUAUACAUGUACAGAUAUACAUGUAUGUCUAUGGCCUUUCUUUUGGUUCGUGCUUAUGCAUUUAUACUGAUUUUUGCCUACGAUAUUAUUACUCAUAUUAUAAGAUGAUAACGUUUAUAUAAACGAGAGUUAGAGCUCAAAACUAAUUUUGUGAUAAACUGUAUCUGUCAGAAGGCUCUGAAUUUCUCAUGUUCGUACCUAAAUCACUUCGUAACUAUGCUGGCGAAUGAUUCAUGGAGAUUGGAAUUAGUGACUAUAAAUUUUUGGGUCAAUCUUAUGGGUCAAAGUAGAUCAAUUUGGCCUAAUAUCAUUUGGGUGAAUAACUGACUAUAUGGUGUGUUCAUAUUGAAUAUUCUGUAGUCAGUCAUGUCCAAGGUAUUUCGGACCAGAAAUGGCAUUUUAAUGUGAUCACUACACAUUUUGUAUAAGAUGAGAAAUUAUGAGAAAUCCGGUUAUUUUGAACUCUUGAUAUAUUUUUUAAAUAUUGUGAUUUUUGUUAUUAAGUGAGUAACUGUACCAAUCUUUGGAUGUUGUUAAAAUUCCUUAAGUGUAUUUCAUUUUUUUCUCACCUUCAAGCAAGAUCAACAUUUUUUGUGAGAAAAUCGAAAAAAGACAACAAGCAAAUUGCUCAAAGUCAUUUUCAACAGAAAACAUCAAUCUUUACAAUUCAAAACACAGUAGCUAUUAUGUUUGUAUGAAUCAUUAUUCCGGCAUUCAUUGUAACGAAAACAGGGGGCCAAUCUUACAGCCUUGAAAAAACACUACUCAUUUACUGUCGUCGGGGACAUUGAACAUCAAACAAACUCAAUUGACAGGGUACUAUUUGACAAAACUACAAAUUGUUGGUAUCACAUAGCUAGGCAUUUAUUUGAACAAUUGUUAAAAUUGCUACUUUUCACGAUUUUCAAAUAGUUGUUGAUUUAUGUUUGUCGUUUUAUUUUGUCUGGACUAAGGGGGUCAUAGGGGACAAGUAUUUGUUAAGGGUCAAUUUUAUUCCCCUCAUUUCCUUUAAGGUAUUGACAUGCUUGUCUUAAAAUAGUAAUUUAUUUUCAUUUUCUUCACAUUUUUAAGUUUUUCAAUGUCGUCUUAAAUUCACCACCGUAAGCCGAAAGGUCGAUUAUCUUUGAAAUUGGAAAAUUUUAAAUGGAAAAGUAUGUAAACAUUGCAUAUCGGACCAUUGGAUAUCUUAAAGAAUUCACAACAUUGAAAGAUCGCUAUUGGCAAAGACCCUCGCUCUAUUUGACAAUCUUAAUACAGUAAAACACUUUAAGGCCGUCCGGCUAUUGUUCGGGUUUCUGACUCAUGGUAGUAGAAUGUCGUUAAAUGCUUGUCGUAAAAGCUUGUCACAAAGUAGUCUGUCAAAAUGUCAAAUACUUCUCGACUCCCUCUCUAGUAAUUAAUGAUUUGGUGCAUUUGUCAUUUUUGUGCUGGCUAAUUAUAAUUACAAUAGGAAACCAUUAUAAUUACAUUUAAAUUUAAGAAAAAACUAACCACGAAUAUCUUUUCUAUCACUAAUAAAAUUCGUUAAAAAUAUAUCAUUAUAACAAAACUUAAAUAUAGUUUAAAAAUGGUUUCUAGUCUGUCAAGAUCUUGGACAAACAAUAUUUGAAAUAUUGAUUCCAGACUUGAUACAUUUUUUUACGCAGUAUAUUUAUAUGAAUAGUUAAAUGAUAGUAAAACCUUUAUUUGUUCAUUGAACUUAAGUUUUGAACAUGUUUCUAACUCUUAUUUUUUUGUUUGACAAAAUCCGGCAUUGCAUAAUAACGGAUUGAUUUUAUACUAAAAACCAAUGGUAUAUUUUGUUCAAUAGUCGCUAUGUCGUCAUAGUGCUUUUGCGAACAUCCGUGUAUACUUGAACUUCUCAUUUUUGACUUUGUGACUUGCCAUAGGUCAUACUAAUUAUUGUUGUUGCACAUCCGCUUUUAUUUACGUAUUUAUUUACCAAUGCAACUUAGUUAAAUAUCAUCAAAGUGGUAUUUACUUUAUAUUUAAGUAGACAAACCUACAAUUUACGUUCGAAUUUACCACAAAUGAAUCACGUGUCAACUAGUCGGCCGCUGAUUGGUUACAUGUAUUGGGGAGACUCAUAUUUUGCGACUCAUAUUUUUGCGUUAUUCAUCGCAUCACUGAUAAAUAUUGAUGUUGUUAUGGAUGAUUAGCAACACCCAUACUUGAGAUCAGGAAGAAUGGAAAUUGCAGUAUUAUUUUUCAUUGAUCAAAACACUUUUAAGAUUGAAGAAAAUCAGACUCAUUUUUCCGGAAGUUUUUGAAUAAUAUUAUUUUUGUACGAGGUCAAAUAUAAUUGAGCCUGUCUACCUCUGAGAAGUUGUUAACUUUUAUUUUAAGGAUAGGAACCCGUUUUUAUUGUGUAAAUAUUGUAAAACAUCACAAAUAAUGGUGUUUUUAUCUGUUAAAACAAGUUUUGUUCAUUUGUUUUAUAUAAUUACAAUUGACGUUGUAUUGCUAACAUUAUAUAUUUUCUCAUAUGUUGUAAAUAUUCUUGAAUAUUAUUUUUAUUGUUCAUUUUAAAACACUGUUCAUUAAUCGGUUCAUUUCACAUUGUAUAACAUUUAGAAGGACACAAUUGUAUGGAUAUCAUCAUGUCUGCCCUUCAAAUAAACGAAAUAUGUCAAAGAAACUACCUUGUUUAUAUUUAUUUUGAAAUUAUAUAUGACAAUAACUUCCUUAAUCGACAUCAACGCCAAUCUCUUAUUGGAUAUUUUAUAAAGCACAGACAUCUCUCCUUUCAAAAAUAAAGUUCCUGUUAAGUACAUUAUGUAAUAGUUUUCUUUACUUGUUGCAAAACUUAACCAAUAAGUCGGCAUUUAAAGCCUCGCAAUUCAGUUGGCGGAAACAUGAGACCCUUUAACACAAAAGAAAUGCGAAGCUCUAGUAAAGUGUGCAUCUGUUGGAUUUAUAUUCCUGUUUUAUGUUUAUAAAUAUACAAACGAGUAUUGUUGUUAUUGCAGUUAUAGCUGAUUGGCAGACAUGAUAAAAUUCCUCAUUAAGUGUUAGGACAAGUGCUCUUCAUAUUGUUUUAAACUAUAAAUAUCUGUCUGGUGAUUUUAGUCAUAUAUAUAUAUAUACGGUAAACACUGUGUAGAGAAUUGUCGAAGAUGACAAAAAGAUACAAAACAGCAAAAGAAGAAAAAAAACGAGAAAUAAAAAAUAUAAAAAUUA